AUGGAACAUAACCAUGAUUCUGAUGCUCUGUUCUGUCUUUCUGUUGCAGAUGUUGCUGCCAUAGCGUGUGGUCGCGAGUUCUUGGUUAACUCAAGUCGGGUGCUGCUGGACACCAUACUGCAGCUUCUGGGGGACCUGAAGCCAGGACAGUGUACCAAACUCAAAGUCUCCAGAGAUAAUUGGUGCUCUACACUGCGAAUAAUCCAGUCCUGUGGCCACACUCUGGCCUUUGUUCAGCUUCUGAAAUGGCAGACCCCACUGCAGCGCUUAGGUCUGUACUGUCUCUGUUCCUUCUCCUUUGCUCAUUACUCCCCUAGCCCUGCUGAGAGUGCCUGCUGCUCACCACUCCUCUUCCCUCCCGACCACCCUGCCACCUUCCCCAGCUUCCCCUUGCAUCUAGCACACCGGGAUCCCAUUAUGGAGCAUACACGUCAGCAGCCUCAGGUCCCUCGCCACCGUUUCCCGACGCUCCAGCCUUGGACCAGCCAUUGGCCUCCUUUCCUGCAGCCUGGGCUGCCCAGUGAUGCUGGACAAGAAGGUUCCCAGUGCAGCCACACCAUGUCACCCUCUCCUGGCCCGAAGCUCCUGUCGGACUCCUCUCUGUGUCCUCAUCAGUCUCCACUCUUGUCUUCACAGUGGCUAGGUCAGACUUCAGACUCUGUGACCUUGGCCACUUUGCUGUUCCUCAGUCCUCUGCAGACGGGCUCCCAGCAGAGGCUUUCGUUCCUGCUCCCCAGGGAGAAUGGGGGUGUGGGUGUGAACUUCCUCACGACGCUGCCUCAAUGAUACCCACCCACCCUCACUUUCUCUCACGUGUCAGAUGAAUCUGUGGCCUUCUGGGGCUCUUGGGGGAGUGGUCCUGCCACC